UUAGCGUGGCGCGUCACAUAUCUCUCUUCACAUACAUAACACCUCCAUGACCGAAGCUAGUGUUUUCCAUCUACAACUCGACCAGAUCGACAAGGAUUAAAGCCAUUUUUUGCUCCUCAGCUAGGAAUCAACUUCUGUAAACAUGGCUAUCAUGCAGAGAUGCUGCUGUUUUGACAAUGUCCGCUCUGGGUCCACGGCAUCAGGAAUAUACACCCUGAUCUAUUCGGCUCUGGCGUUGGCCUAUUCAGCAUAUGUGCUCUCACUUUACACGCAAGUUGUUUCCUAUUACGGCGUGCAAGUGGUGGAUGGCUUCUUCAUUGGAAGUAUCUUGGCGGUGAUGCUGUUUGUACUGAUACUGAUUUCCUCCAUACUGCUCCUUGUUGGCGUUUCAAAGGACCAGCGUGGAUAUCUGCUUCCAUACAUGAUUGUUAUGCCGAUACUCAUUCUGCUUCACAUAGCUUACUGCAUCAUUAUCAUCGUUGCAGCGGCCGCGGUAAGUGUACUCCAUCAAUAUCAAUAUAAACUAACUGUUCUACAACUUGCAGGGAUUGGCUCCUAUGGGUCCUACAGCUCCGUGACGAGUGGUAGUAUUGUUCUGUUGAUGUUUCAACUCGCCGUCGUUGUACUUUUUACUGUGCUGGAUGUGGUUUGCUUCCUGUGCGUGGUGUCUCAGUACCAGGAGUUGAGAGAUGGGCGUGGCCGUCUGCAGGACGUGAUGGUAGCCAGGACUACCGUGAUCACCACUACUUCCCCUGGCUUUGGUGGCGCUGUCGUCGUGACCCAGCAAGGUGGCGUCCCACCGCAGAACUUAAUGCAGCAGGGCUACGCACCCCAGCAGGGCUACGCACCCCAGCAGGGCUACGCACCCCAGCUGGGCUACGCACCCCAGCAGGGCGACGCAACCCAGCAGGGCGACGCACCCCAGAAAGGCUUCGGCUACACACCCCUGCAGGAAGACUACGCUCCCGCCCAGGGAUACCCUACACUCUAA